AAUACCACUAAUUCACAUUCAGACACCGAAACGGUUGUUAAAUAAAGAAAAAAAAUAGUAGUAAAGUUGGUUGAACAGCACAACAAAUUUCGUAAACAAGAAUUAGUCUUGCCACCUUAAAAAGGUGGUGGUGGUACCCAACAAACAAAGUCUUUCUUCUUCUCAAAGAUCCCAACACAACACGAACACAGUUCAAACUGAAAAUCCUUCCUGUCUGGACAAAUCGCAUGAAGAAAACCCCACCCCCAUGGGUAAUUGAACAGAGAAUUCUUCCGAAUUAAGGCUUCAUAUUUGGCAUGUUGGGAAAAAGUUGAUCGGUUUAUCUUCCUUGGGGCUUUACAUUACAGGGUCUGGUGGGUGAUAAAUAAACUAAUGCUAGGAACAUGGGAAAGAGAGGGAGUUGGUUUUCUGCAAUCAAGAGGUUUUGUACAUCAUCAAACUCCAAACAGAAGAAGCCAGUGAAUGAGGCUGAGAAGAAAAGUUUGAAGAAACAUGGAGGUGGGAACAGAUCAUUCAUUCCCCUUUUCAGAGAGCCAAGCAGUAUUGAGAAAAUCUUGGGGGAAGUUGACCAACAGAAUUUAUUUAUGGCUCAUCCUCAUCCUCCUACUCUUUCCCAGCAAUCAUCAGAAACACAACAACCUGGAAGGCCUCAAUCUCCUCCUCCUCCUCCAAGCCCAAGGGCCACCUCUCCUCCUCCUCCUCCUCCUCCUCCUCCUCCUCCUAGAGUUGCUCAUCAACAAACAAAAAUUAUUAGCGACAGACCAGAACCAACUCUACAACAACGCCACCUUUCUGCAACAAGGAUCCAGGCUGCUUAUAGAGGUUACAUGGAAAGGAGAAAGCUUAGAGGUUUGACAGGUCUUGUGAGGCUUCAGGGAGUGGUAAGAGGUCAACACGUGAAGCGACAGACAGUCAAUGCCAUGAAACAGAUGCAGCUCUUGGUUAGGCUUCAAACGCAGAUUCAGUCACGUAGAAUGCAAACAAUAGAAAAUCAAGCACUCAAAUGCCAAGCACAGAAGACCUCAGCUUCAGCCUCAGCCUCAGGGGUUGGCAAGAACCAAUUGGAGAUAGGUGAUGAAGAUUGGGAUGCUAGCUUGAUUACAAAAGAGGAAAGAGAAGCAAGGUUGCACAGAAAAGUGGAGGCAUUGAAUAAGCGAGAAAGAGCCAUGGCAUAUGCAUACUCCCACCAGGUAGAGUUGUGGAAAGCUGCACCAAAAUCAGCACAAAACACUCUAAUGGGAUACCCAUGGUGGUGGAACUGGUUAGAGCGUCAACUGCCUUUGAAUAGCCAAUCUGCUGUGGAGAAUCAUCAACUGACCACACCAAGUCCUCAGUCAAGCCUUGGGCGGCAGAAGCAAGCGAUUAGACCAUCAUCAUCAUCACCAUCGAGAAGGUCCAUGGCUCCUUCAAGAACAAGACAACAGAUGACUCCUCCAUCAUCAAGAAUGAUGAAAUUUUCCAAACCAAGAGCAACAGGAGGUUCUCCUUAUCCAGUGAAGGAUGAUGAUAGCUUGAUGAGCUGCCCCCCAUUUUCAGUCCCAAACUACAUGAGUCCUACACUCUCAGCCAAAGCUAAAGCAAGACCAACAAGUAAUCCUAAAGAUAGGAUGCCUGGCACUCCGGGCAGCACCUCCAUGUCCGUCUCAUCUCAAAGGAGGUUUUCUUUCCCUGUAACUCCAAGCACCCGAGGAGGAUCCCGUAAGUCUCCAGGCUCUGUAGGGGAUUUCAGUGUGGAUUCUUCAUUUUCCAUCGGGAGGAAGCCAUUUAACAGAUUUGUGUGAUUUUUACUUUUUUAUCAUUUCAUUUCUUGUGUUUUUUUAUAUAAUAUAUGUUGUUACUUUUAACACGGGUGUAUGUAUGUAUGUAUGUAUUGAUGUGUGGUAAUAAAAAGACACUUCAGUUUGGAACA